AUGCAAGUCGAAAAGCAAAACGUAGUCACGACGUUGAAUUACUGGGACGACCCUGGGGAUGGGUCCGAACCCACCCCUAUUUAUAUAGGCAAAGGACGCAUCACCAAUGAACGGCCGCACCGCGCACACCCUUUUGUUAUACACGACAUCACUGGCGACGAGGACAAGUACACCCUCGACGGCCAUGGGUUCCAGUACUGCCACCAUGAGAGUCAGGACAAGGACUUUACCGAUGAGGCCAACAUAGAGUUCGUCUACUACCGCGAGUGCGAGGAGCUGCUCAAGUCCAUCACCGGCGCCAAAAGCGUCCACGUCUUCAACCACAAGGUGCGCCGGGGACCUACGCAGUGGCACCACCUGGGGCUACAGAACCUCAAGAACCGCGGGCCCGUCACAAAGACGCACGUCGACCAGUCGUACCACGGCGCCGAGCUCAGGCUGCGGUGGGAGUUCCCCGACGAGGCCGACGAGCUGGUCAAGCGGCGCUACCAAAUCAUCAACGUCUGGCGGCCCAUAGAGACAAUACGCAAGGACCCAAUCGCGGUGGCGGACUCGUCCACGGUUCCAGACCAGGACCUGGUCGAGGCCAUCAUGGUCGAGAACGACUUUGAGGGGAAGCAGUGGGUGGUUCGCCACAACCCGGAGCAUCGCUGGCACUACAAACGGUGCAUGACGCCACAGGACGUGCUGCUCAUAAAGUGCUUCGACUCGGACACCACAGGCGUGGCGCGGAGGGCUCUGCACUCGGCGUUUGAGGAUCCGAGCACCGCACAUCUGGACAGUCGGCAGAGCAUCGAGGUCCGAUGUCUGGUUUGCUACGGUUGA